CUUAAGCUCCCAGCUAAUCUACUGAUAAUGCUCCCUUAGCUCUCUCCGAUGAGCCACUGUCUCUACUUCCUCCGAUGAGCCACUGUCUCUACUUCCUCAGAUGAGCUUCCAAUUUCUUCAUGCAGCUAAGUUUCUAGCUUUACAGAUGUGCUCAAUGUUACAGGUUGGUCGAGCACUUCUCCACUUCCUAAGUUUCAGGGUUAAUGGGUUAAUUGGAGGCACAACUUCCUUCACUUCUUCAAAUUUGCCCACCAAAGAAAGUACAGAAAGCCAAAAAAUGGAGAAAGAAACUGUCUUUUGGCGCUUAAUUUUUUUAGGUUUUUGGCUCCAAAAUAAUUUCAGAAUAACCACUAUAUAUUUGAGAAGUUUCAUUGCAAAAUGAAAGAAUAUCUGAACCUGGACAAGAAGACCAGAUGAUUUCACUAGACUUAAGAAAGGUCGUGGAAAAACUAGAGGGAAAGGUCUUGAAAAAAUGAAGAAGACUUUGGGAAGCAAGAUGAAAAUAGAAAUUCCACUGGGCAAAGGAAGGCCAACUAAACCAGAUCAAUCAGCAAAACUAUCCAAUGAGUUGGGGAUAAUUGCUCGAAACUUUCUAUUGCUUCCAAACAAGUGGAAGGAACUCACAAGAGAGGACAAAGAUGCAGCACUAAUUAGAUGUCAUGAGAGGUUUGAGAUUAAUUUGGAUGAGCAUUACGUGAAAGAUAGUUGUGAGGAUAUCCUGAAAAAUAGAAGCAGGCAGUGGCGUUACAAGUUAAAACAACUAUUUGAAAGUGCACACUCCGAGGAAGAAGCUCGUAAAAUUGAAGUGCCAGAGUUGACCCCCGAAAAUUGGAAUAGGCUUUGUGACAUGUGGAUCAAUCCACAUCAUAAGAAACGAUGCGACAUAAACAAGGUCAAUAGAACUAAGCUUAAAUCUAAUCAUUUCAUGGGGUCAAAAGCGUUUGUAGCGGCUCGUGCUGAAAUGGGUGGGACUAAACCUGAAGGAGUAGAGCCUGAUAGAAUCGAGUUUUACAAGCAUACUCAUUACACGAGUGAAAAAGGAUGGUCUUCUCUACAGGCUGAGACUCAUUAUAACAACAUGAUUGAUUUGAAAGAUAUAUAUACUUCGGGAGAGUCUUCCAUGACUAUUGAUGAAAUUGUGGAUACUGUUCUUGGUACAAAGUCGGGAUAUAUAAAAGGCCUUGGUUAUGGUCCAAAACCUAAUACUACAAGAGCUACACAAAGGAGAACGGCAGAGUUAGAAGACUCUCUCAAAAAGGCGAAACAAGAAGCUGCUAGUGCCCAACAUGACUUACAGAAACGAUUAAAUGCAGCUGAAACUGAGGUAGAAAACCAACAGUCGCAGAUACUAGACCAGCAAUCUCAGAUUCAAGACCAACAGUCACAAAUAAAAGCAUUAAAUUCUCAGUUGGACACUGUAGUAGCACGCCAAGAAGACAUGUUUAGGAAGAUACAACUCUUUGCUCGCUCAUCGCCAUCAAGUGCUCCAUCAGAAGGCUGACUUAAGGUAUAAAAGGGGAGAACUGAAUCAAAAUCGAUUGCAAGCUAUGUGUCACCACAUUAUUGCUACUUUGGAAGGAACUUUUAAUUAUUUGUCUAAGUUUAGGAGUAAUAUUUAGUAUAUUUCAGUUAGAUUUUCUUGUUAUUGGACAUAUGUUACUUUUAUUUAAGGAGUUUAUAAUGAGAUAUUAUCUCAAUAGAAUUUUCGUCGUUUUUAAUUACAUG